AUGGCCGAACGAACCGUUAAGAAGGAGCUAGAUGGCCAAACUGACCUCAGCAACUGCACUAUUACGGUGCAUUGGACACUGCAUACCCGCCAAAAUUCACCUCAGUGGCCUGAAUUGUUUUUAAUGGCUUUGCAAUACAACAGUGAACUCUUCGAGCAGCUGUACCCCGGAGGCUCUGACGUGCACCAAAGACUCCGUGAUAUUCUCCCUGUCUUUGUCUACGGCCAGAUCGCUCUGGCUCCUCCUGCACCUUUCUUCGCUGCCCUCAAUACACGCAUCCCUCCUUCCGAGGCCAGAUACACGAGGAGUUGCGCUGCUUGGGAGAGAAGGGGGCAAGUACACCGUGGCCUAUCUGGCUUUGGUACAUACACUUUUGCCCUCAAGCCCAUGGCCGUUAUACCCAUAACACCUCGAGACGAGAAUGGAAGCCACAGGGCUUCUGGAAGCUUCCCCUUAGGCGUCUUCAUUGUCACUCACGACGGUUCUCCGACCGUCGUGGGCUGCAAUAGAGGCUUAGAUCGAGGACACUCAAAGGUGGGCAGACUAUGCAGACGCUCUGGCGGGCUAGUCGGAUGCCACUUGAGCGGCCACAAUGUCUCCACCGCCUCUGCGGGUGCGGUACCCACAGUUCACCGUGGAGCAAAUAGCUGUUUGACGCAAGUUUCCAGGGGCCCCAUGGAGCAGGCUGGGGGGACAUCGUUACCCGGUGUGGCGUCCAAGGCGAAGCCCGACCAAGAUGAAUCUGCCCUACAGGAAGAACCCUUACAGAUUCCAUCACGUGCAGAUGGAUCUGAUGCUCAAAAAAAGCCCAAGCGAAAGCUGUUUCCAGUAAUCGUAAUCCUUACCAUUCUCGGCUUUCUGUUGGCGCUUCUUCCUAAGCUCACCGAUCCUGCUAAGAAGCCCGUUGAGCAGCCUAAGCCUGAGCCGAUUCCCGGUGAGGAGGCGCCAGUCUCUUCUGGAGAAGAACUAGAACCAGGCCAGCCUGAAUAUGGGCCAUCAAAAGGCAGACCUUCGGGCGAGCGGCCAGUAUUGCCUACUGGAGAUGAAGAUAAGGAAUCUCCUAAGCGUAGAACGCCGACACCACUGCCAGACUUCCAGCCUCCUGAUACGCCACCCAUUCCCCCUCCUCGUUUGCACACAAAACGGGAGGAUACGCCCAGCCCAGGCGACGAGUCACCUUCAGAGGGGGGUCCAGUACCCCAUGGUGUCAAACCUCCCCCUCGAGGCAAAUUCCCCCCAAUAAUUAUUCCACUCCCCACCGAUGAUGGAGAAGAGCCUCCGUCGCCUCCGGAGAGGCCUAUACCGGCAGAACGCAAGAAAAGGCCAAGCGUAGGAGGAGCUGGCCCUUUGUCGCCUGGGCACCCUACCGGGGAACAAGCCCCGGAACAAACGCCGACGCCAUCUCCAUGGGGGGAAGAAGAGGAAUUGUAUCCACCUGGAACUGGACCCGCGGGACCGGAACCGCCAGCACUGCCUACCUUGCCGCCAGCUGGGCCAACUGGAUUUGAAGAACAGCCUCUUCAACCUGGAGACGAGGGGUUCGGACCAGAGGAUCAAGGAGGAUAUGAUGCGUGGGAAGAUGAAGAGGGAUACGGCGAUGAAGGAGGUGUAGAAACGCCACCCACUGCGCCGGCGACUGAGCCAGAGGAUCAACAUCUGCCACAGUUCCCAGGUGCCUCGGGGUACGGAUCUGCUGGUGAGGAAGGUGAAAUGAGUGAAGAAGAAGGCGAGCAAACGCCAUCCCCUGCUCCGGCGACUGAGCCACAGGAUCAAUAUCCGCCACAGUUCCCAGGUGCCUCGGGGGCCGAAUCUGCUGAUGAGGAAGAUGAAGAGGGAUCCGGUGAUGAAGAAGGUGUACAAACGCCACCCACUGCGCCGGAGACUGAGCCACAGGAUCAGUAUCCGCCACAGUUCCCAGGUGCCUCGGGGGCCGAAUCUGCUGAUGAGGAAGGUGAACAGGAAAUCGGUGAAGAAGAUGUACAAACACCACCCACUGCACCAACGAUUAAAGAGCCGGAAUUUGGACCGGGAGAGGGGAAGCCCUCUGCAGCGGAAGGUGAAGGAGGUAAACCGGAGUCCACGGAGACUGCACCCAGGAAGCCUGACGCCCAGACAUCCGGCGAAGGGGAUCCAGAGAAGCCCGAGGAGAAACCACCAUCGAAAGCGCCGGAUGAGGAAGAUGAAUUCGAACUCCCGGACAGAUAUGGAGAGCCGGUAGAGCCAUGGUCACGAGAGGAAGCGCUCCAGACACCUUUUAUUCUACAACUUGGUGGCGAAAGGUUCGGGAAUAUGGGGAAAGUGCCAACUGAAGAAUUCCAGAAGGUUCUAAAAUUGAGCGAAGGAGACCCCUCCGACGAGGUGCCUACAGACGUAGGGCCAAUACUCAAAGAUUCUCUUCGGGCGAUACUUCCAGGAAAUUCUGCGGAUUUACCCAGCCUGGAACAUUACUGCGAGCGUCUUCAGGCAAGUACCCACGACAGUUCUUUCGCCAAGGGCGGCAGGAAGGGCAUGGACCGACUGGGAGAACGGAAGGAAACCAAACCUUUUCUCGAUUUGGAUCCGUCAGAGUUAUUGACAGUUCACGCCAUUCGCGUGAUUACGGUAGUAUUGUUGACUUCCUCAAAGCGUGCUCCGCAUCGGGAGUACUUGGUGCCGCCCCAAGUGCCGGAGGUGGGAUUCCCGGUUGAGCUGGAAACGAGAGAAGACGAUUUGCCGGUGCGCGAUGCGGAUCUAACAGCACAGUUUUUCCACCCUCCGGAUGUCUACAUAGCCCACUGCGGCGGGCUUCUUCGCUCUGCGUCUUUUGGGAUGGCACCACGCAGACAUAAGGUGGGUGAUGCCUGUGCUGGUGACUGUGCGAGCAGGCUGAACUUAGACACGCCUCUGUUGGUAUGGCCUUAG